UAGAACUCGUCGCCAAGAAAUGAGUCGACGGAUGGCGGCGAUGCGUCGGCGCAGAGAGACGAUCCAGCGCGACACGCUCACUAUGUACGAUCUCAUCUUCUACAAUCCCACCAGCAACCCUAUCGUCCCAGACCAAGACGAGAUCAAAGCGAAAGAGGCUAACAAGAAGGACGAAGCGGAGCGCGCGGCGGCCGAAGCGGACGACGACCCCGAUGACCCCGCGCCCGACGCCGCGCCCGUGCCGCAGAUCAAGCUCGGGCCUAACGGAGAGAUCGUGCUUGACGAGAAGAGCUUGGUGAUAAAACCGACAGACAGCAAGCGCAAAGUGUCCUCCGUGGUCCGAGAAGGCGCUUGGGCCAGUGGGGGCGGCAAAUACAAUCGCACCGCUCGCACCGCGGAAUGGAGCGCAGCCGAGACGGUGCGGUUCUACCGGGCUCUAGCGGCCAUUGGCACAGACUUCUCGCUUAUGGCGCCGCUGUUCCCUGGACGGAAUAGGAGGGACCUCAAGAUAAAGUUCAAAAAAGAAGAAAAGGUGAACGGCGCGCAACUAGACAAAGCUCUCCGUUCGGGCACCACGUGGGACCCGUCGCGGUUACAGGACGAAUUCGCGGCCGAACGUGCCGAGGCCGCCGCGAGCGCCGAGCGCGAACGUGAACAUAUCGCUCGCCAGAGGAAGGCCGAGCGUGAGCGCACCGCUCUCGCCAAGGAGGUCAACUUACGUCAGA